AUGAAGGGUACAGUCUUGAUCUGCUGUUUCCUCUCCCUGCUGCAUUUGCAGGCCACAGCAGAGGAAGAAGAAGGAGAUGAUUUCAUCUCCACCCUCAGGGACAGAUCUCACAUCGACGAGACGCUGCGGCUUGCAACUGAGGAAAAGGCAGGAGACUAUGCAGCGGCUAUAGAGCGGUUGCGGAAGAUCUACCACACAUCCAUCAAGCCGAUGGAGCAGGCCUUCAAGUACAAUGAGCUGAGGCAGCACGAGAUCUCAGCCUACCCCGGACGAACCGUGGGGGACUCAUCCACAGAUGGAGAGAUUACCUCCAAGCCAAUGGUGCUGUUCCUGGGACCCUGGAGUGUUGGAAAGUCCUCUAUGAUCAAUUACCUCCUGGGCAUGCAAGACAGCCCCUACCAGCUCUACACAGGAGCGGAGCCUACUACCUCUGAGUUCACUGUCAUUAUGCACGGGGAGAAGAUCCGCUCUGUUGAGGGUAUUGUCAUGGCUGCAGACAGCUCUCGGUCCUUCUCUCCCUUGGAGAAGUUUGGCCAAACCUUCUUGGAAAAACUGAUCGGUAUUGAGAUGCCCCACAAGCUGCUGGAACGUGUGACUUUUGUGGACACACCAGGAAUCAUUGAGAACCGCAAACAGCAGGAGAGAGGCUAUCCCUUCAACGAUGUUUGCCAGUGGUUCAUUGACCGCGCUGACCUGAUCUUCGUGGUGUUUGACCCCACCAAGCUGGACGUCGGCCUUGAGCUGGAGAUGCUCUUCCGGCAGUUAAAGGGCCGUGAAUCCCAGAUCCGCAUCAUCCUAAACAAGGCUGACAACCUGGCCACCCAGGACUUAAUGAGAGUCUACGGAGCGCUCUUUUGGAGCUUAGCUCCCCUCAUCAAUGUGACUGAACCCCCUCGCGUCUACGUCAGCUCCUUCUGGCCGUAUGACUAUGCACCUGAUACCAGCCGUGAGCUCUUCAAGCGAGAGGAGAUCUCCCUCCUGGAAGAUCUGAACCAGGUGAUUGAAAACCGCAUGGAGAACAAAAUUGCCUUCAUCCGCCAGCAUGGCAUCCGCGUCCGCAUCCAUGGCCUGCUGGUAGACCGCUACGUCCAGACCUUUAAAGAGAAGAUGAGCUACUUCAGUGACCCUGAGCUAGUCUUCAAGGAGAUUGUGGACGACCCAGACAAGUUCUACAUUUUCAAAUCCAUCCUAGCCAAGACCAACGUCAGCAAGUUUGACCUGCCCAACCGCGAUGCUUACCGUGACUUCUUUGGCGUCAACCCGAUCACCAACUUCAAGCCCUUGACGGCUCAGUGCUCCUACAUGGGAGGCUGUCUGCUGGAUAAGAUUGAGAGGGCAAUCACUGAUGAUCUGCCUGCCCUUCUGAGCAGCAUUAACUCUGGGAAGCAGCCUGGCCUGUCCUCCUGCGAGGCAACUGGCUGUGGGGAAAAGCCAAAGAAUCGGUAUCGGAAGAACUGAGGGAAACAAAAUAACUUGAG